UUAAGCAAUCAUUCGAGCUAAGCUUUUCGGAAUUUGAGUACGUCGUUCUAUUAAGCAACUCUAACGUCAUCAUCAUGAAGAUACUACUAUUAAUUGUGGUAUUCGUAGCUGUUGUCGCUGCAUUACCUUACCCAUGGUUGAGUGAUUUCCCAAGCGAAAGUAUUGAUACAAUGAUGGGAAAUUUUGAGAGACUUGCAAAUGAUAAUCGAAGAACGGGUUAUUUUAAUAGUGAUGAUUAUCCUGCAAACUCUCCUUUUAAAAAAAUCAUAUAUAGACAAAUACCUCAACCUUUUAAAAAGGAAAUUCGUUUACCAGUGUAUCUUCAUGCUAAAAUUAAGCGCUCACAUCUACAAGAUUUGCCGUCACGAUCAGGGAUACCUAGUGAUAUAUACAAUUUGCUGGAAGCUAAGGAUUUCAGACUUCAUGAUGAAGUUGGACAUUUAUUAGCAUAUUCGCUGGGUGGAGGAAUGGAAAAUACAUUAAAUUACGUACCAAUGGCUAUUUGUCUGAAUCGAGGUCCAUACCUAAAGACAGAACAGGAAAUUGGUGCAUUUCUUAAAAAAGAGCAAAAUGGCGAAGUGGACUGGCAUUUAGUUGUUAUAUACGACAAAUUUUUAAGAAAUAAGCAGGGUGCAUUCGAUGAUAGUGUGAAUCUAGACAGUUAUAACUUAAGACCAAUUGGUUUUUGUUUGAAAUACUCUACUAAGACUCGGGCUGAUGCUCGUCCAGUAAAUGGAGCAAGGAAGUGUUUUUUCAAUGUUCUUCAUGAUUCCCUUGAUGCUCCAAAAAAUUAAGCUACAGUAAAGUUUAUUGCCUUCAACAAUUGUGUGUACACGUGCAGUGUACAGUGCACACUCAUUUUUUUAAGAUUUUCUAAAAAUUUCGAUUGUUAAACUCAGUUCUAUCAAGGAAAAAAAAAAGAAAAAAAAAAAAUUAGAAGAAUAAUCAGAAAUAAUAAUAACAAUAAUAAUAAAGUUCAAACUUUCAGACGAUGCGCCGAUGAGCAUUCUUAAGCAUUCUCGUCGUCCUCACCAACUGUCCAAAUUCAAGUAAAUAGGCCUUUGCCUAUUCAGACCAACCAGAUGAAUUUCGUUUGUGUUUUUUACAUCGCAAUGCUAAUUUUUUUUUAGAGCAAAAAAUCACAACAAAUUGAAUCAAUAUCAAACCAAAUUAAGUUCUAAAUCUUUCAUUGGAUAUUUAACAAUAAAAUAAAAGCAUGAAAAAAAUUUAA